AUGGUCAACCUCCAGGACAAUGUGGGAGAUAAUAUGGAACCAGAUAGGGUUUACAGCGGUACUGUUACUUCAAUUGAUUCCCUUCCCCCCGAGCUCCUCGCGUGCAUUUUUGAGAUGGCGCAAAUGAUGUCGCUGCCGUCUGGAGGUCUCGCUCGAUUUCGACGCUUUCCCUUUAUCGUUUCACAGGUUUCUCGGUUCUGGCGUCAUGUCACCCUUGGAUGCGCCGUGUUGUGGUGUAAUGUGGACAUUUCACCUCCUUGGACGCGUUUAGCCGGCCUUGUAUUUUACCUCGAAAGGUCAAAAUCAUGCCUGAUCGAUCUAACGCUGACAAUUCCUUCCUCUCAAGACGAUCUUGACGUAUUAAACGUCGAUGAUCUGCUUUCCAUUGUUAACCUGCAGUAUCAUCGUUGUCGCACAAUCAACAUUUCAGGGACUGUGCAUAAAAUUGCACCGGCGGUAAUGAAAAUCCUGACAUCAAUGCACCUUGGUCAAUACCCCAACAUGGAGCGAAUUGUAGUGGAGGGCAGUGAAAGAGAUUCAGGACUUGAUAUGAGUCACCCACACUCCCAGAUUUUUAUUUCAGGCGCCCCAAAGCUCGCCGAUGUGCGUCUAGGAGGAAUCGGGCUGUUAUAUUUCCAGCCUCCUCUUGGCACCGUUACGGAGCUUCAUUUAGCUAGGGAAAAGCGGUCUAUUUCCUUUAGCGAUUUUUCUCGGAUGCUCAAAGCCUGUCGUACCCUGACGACUUUGGCCAUCUAUGAUGACUUGGUUUCCGACUGGCCCACUCCCCUACAGGUCCACAAUGUCCCAUCCCUUCGCCACCUGCACAUAUACGGCAAUAUGCUUUCUGUAUCUCAGCUUUUGCUCUCUGUGUCGGCUCCUGAUUUAGAAGCCCUCUCCAUAGCUCCGGUCGUCGCCUCAGACCUAAAGUUGAUGUGCGCGGAGGGCAAGCGCGACAACAAACCAUGGUUCCCUGUGUUGAGGUCGCUCACUCUCGCUCCUCCCCAUCCCGAUGCAAUGAAAGCGAUAUCAGUUGCUUCAGAAUGCUUCCCCACCACUCAACUUCUUAUUCUUCCCAAUUUCUACCCUGAAUUUUUGGUCGAAACUCUCGGACCCAAAUCUAACGGCCUUGACGGUACUCACUGGCCUCAUCUUGACGGACUUGCUAUCCGAGAGAUACAAGAGAAAAACGAAGCAGCGGUAUAUUCGCUUAUCGAAUCCCGACGGGCCACAGGCGACCCGUUGAACAAAAUAUAUUUAGAUGUUGUGUCAAUCAAGAGAAUGACUCGCUUAAAAUGGUUAGAAGACCAAAUGUUGGUGGUAGAAGCGGACCCUUGGGGGCGGCGACAAAGCAACGCGUUACACGCCUACGACCGGGAUCGAUUUUACGCUUCAAUGCACCAUUGA